UGCAUAGUUAGAUAUCCAAGAAGUCAAAAAGUAACUUCAAGGAUUGGAAAAUUUCAGUUCGGAGGCAAGCGGAUAGGGAUUGUUGGAUUUGGGAAGAUCGGCUCUGAAGUUGCUAAAAGGCUUGAAGCAUUUGGCUGCAACGUUUUAUACAACUCGAGGAACGAAAUGCCCUCCAUCUCGUACCCCUUCUAUUCCACUAUUCGAGAUCUUGCAGAGAAUAGUGAUGCCAUCGUCUUAUGUUGUAGCUUAACUACCGAGACACGCCAAAUAGUUGGCAAAGAAGUAUUAUCGGCCUUGGGGAAAAAUGGAGUGAUUGUUAACGUAGGACGCGGGGCUCUUAUAGAUGAGAAGGAGCUAGUAAGAUGCUUGGUUGCAAGGGAAAUUGGAGGUGCUGGUUUGGACGUGUUUGAGAAUGAACCUAAUGUUCCAGAGGAGCUCUUUGCACUGGAUAAUGUUGUUCUUUCUCCACACGUAUCUGCAUAUACACCAGAGUCUUUUGAGGCUGCUGCUGAAUUUGCCAUUGCAAAUCUGGAAGCUUUCUUCUCAAACAAACCCUUACUCAGCCCUAUCACAAUUGACUGAAAACAUCUUUUGGAUAGGGAUUUCAGUUAACAAUUGACAUUUGGUUGUGCUAACCAAUUAUCUGUUACUGCCAAAACAUUCCCCUAAAUGAGUGUGGGUUUUCGAAAGUCAUAUUUUUUUUCCA